UUAGGCGAUUUUAACAUUUAAUAUUUUAACAGUGUGACGAUAUAUAAUUAUUUCCAAACCAUAAAACAUCUGUUCGACAGGUAGACUAAACUGCACGUUUAAAAUCUCGCGUUAAAAACACCAUUUAGCUCCGGAUACAAAUGUAGUCACUGCACCUUUAAUGCGUACCUCGUGAGUGCACUGACUUCUGUCACGUGCCUGUCAAACCACCAUCCCCUCGCGCAGCCGUCGUCAACACAACCGAGGAAGUAGCAGGUAGCUAACCUGGCUAACGAAAACAAACCUCAACCGCCCAAACAGAGUUUAUUUUGUGUUUUAAGUUAACUCAAGGUUGCGUUUUCCUUUAUCGUCAUUUUAACUAACUGCCUUUGAUUGUGUUUCAGUUGGUAUGGAGUGACAGGGAACAAUGUUUAGGGGCAGUAGCCGUUGCUUGCUAACUUCUAAGCUAGCAGGCUAACGAUCAGCUGUUGUUUUGGUUGGAGAGCUAGCUUGGCUAACAAGCCAAACGGCAUAGCUUUACAGAAGUCCACAAGAGAUUUCCUCAUUCCCUGCUGAAACACUUUAACUGCUCGGUUGGUUAAUGGCGACACAUAAAGGUGUACCGCCCUGACAGACUUCUCAGCGGUCAGUCAGUCAGCUGUUGUCCCGGCAGGCGUCGACUCCGUGUGGCAUCGAUCCAUCAGAGCGGUCUGUAAUUGAAUCAGCAAUAUUGCCUCAAAAUGCAUGACGCGUAUGAACCAGUGCCUAUUUUGGAGAAGCUUCCUCUUCAGAUUGACUGCCUUGCGGCCUGGGAGGAUUGGCUGCUUGUGGGAACAAAGCCAGGGCAUCUUCUUCUCUACCGAAUCAAGAAGGAUGCAGGCACCAACCGGUUCGAGGUUACACUGGAAAAAUCCAAUAAGAACUUCUCAAAGAAGAUUCAGCAGCUCUAUGUUGUCUCACAGUACAAAAUCCUUGUCAGUCUUCUAGAGAACAACAUCCAUGUCCAUGACCUUCUGACCUUCCAGCAGAUCACUGUGGUGUCCAAAGCCAAAGGAGCCACACUCUUCGCCUGUGACCUGCAGCAAACCAGCUCAGGAGAGGAAAGGUUGAGAAUGUGUGUUGCGGUGAAAAAGAAGCUCCAGCUGUAUUACUGGAAGGAUAGAGAGUUCUACGAGCUGCAGGCGGACUUAGGUGCACCAGAUAUUCCAAAGUCCAUGGCUUGGUGUGAAAACUCCAUAUGUGUUGGUUUCAAGCGAGACUAUUACCUCAUUCGGAUGGAUGGUCGUGGCUCCAUCAAGGAGCUCUUCCCCACUGGAAAACAGUUGGAGCCUCUGGUUGCGCCGCUGGCUGAUGGGAAGGUGGCUGUUGGCCAGGAUGACCUAACUGUAGUGCUAAAUGAAGAGGGCGUUUGCACCCAGAAGUGUGCCCUGAACUGGACUGACAUCCCUAUAGCAAUGGAGCAUCAGCCUCCAUACAUCAUAGCUGUUCUCCCCCGGUACGUGGAGAUCCGGACGUUUGAGCCAAGGCUGCUGGUGCAGAGUGUGGAGCUGCAGAGACCUCGCUUCAUCACCUCAGCAGGGCAAAAUAUCGUGUAUGUUGCCAGCAACCACUUUGUUUGGCGCCUGGUGCCUGUGUCGAUUGCCAGCCAGAUCCGGCAGCUUCUUCAGGACAAGCAGUUCGAGCUGGCUCUUCAGCUGGCGAAGAUGAAGGAUGAUUCAGAUGGUGAUAAAAAGCAGCAGAUACAUCACAUCCAGAAUCUCUACGCCUUCAAUCUGUUUUGCCAGAAGAGAUUUGAUGACUCCAUGCAGGUGUUUGCCAAACUGGGCACAGAUCCUACUCAUGUGAUCGGGCUGUACCCAGACCUGCUCCCAUCAGACUACCGCAAACAGCUGCACUAUCCCAACCCUCUGCCUACUCUGUCUGGGGCAGAGCUGGAGAAGGCUCAUCUCGCUCUCAUCGAUUAUCUGACCCAGAAACGCAGCCAUCUUGUGAAACAGCUGAAUGAUUCUGAUCCUUCUACAACGUCUCCGCUCAUGGAGGGAACACCUACGAUUAAAAGCCGCAAAAAACUCCUGCAGAUCAUUGAUACCACCCUGCUGAAAUGUUACCUGCAUACCAACGUGGCCCUGGUGUCCCCUCUUCUUCGUCUGGAAAACAACCACUGCCACAUUGAAGAGAGCGAGUAUGUCCUGAAGAAGGCCCAUAAGUACAGCGAGCUCAUUAUUCUCUAUGAGAAGAAGGGUCUGCACCAGAAAGCUCUGCAGGUGCUGCUGGAUCAGUCCACCAAGGCCAACUCUCCACUGAAGGGCCAUGAGCGAACAGUCCAGUACCUCCAAAGACUGGGAGUGGAGAAUUUGGGAAUAAUAUUCGAGUUUUCUCCCUGGGUGUUGAAGAUCUGUCCUGAGGAUGGCUUGAAGAUCUUCACGGAGGACCUGACAGAGGUGGAGACUUUGCCCAGGGACAAGGUGCUGAACUUCCUGAAGGAGGGCUUUAAGGAGCUCGCCAUCCCGUAUUUGGAGCACAUAAUUUAUGUGUGGGACGAUAAGGGCCCGGAGUUUCACAAUGUGCUGAUUCAGCUCUACCUGGAGAGGGUUCAAGGCCUCAUGAAACAGUAUCUCAACUCACUGCCAGAAGGAGUUCCAGCUGUUGCUGCGGGGAAGGAGGAAGGUGAUCUGGGAGAGUUCAGGAACAAGCUGCUGUCUUUCCUCGAUAUUUCUACAAGCUACGAACCAUCUAGGCUCAUCAGUGACUUUCCCUUUGAUGGCCUGCUGGAGGAACGAGCUCUGCUGCUGGGUCGGAUGGGUAAACACGAGCAGGCGCUCUUCAUCUAUGUGCACAUCCUGAAAGACACUCGCAUGGCUGAAGAAUACUGUCACAGCCACUACAACAGUCUAGUUGAAGGGAAUAAGGAUGUUUAUCUGUCUCUGCUGCGGAUGUACCUGUCACCUCCUGAUGUUCACUGCCUGGGGCCCAUUAAGAUGGAGCUGUCGGAGCCUCAGGCCAACCUGCAGGCGGCCCUGCACGUCCUGGAGCUGCACCACAGCAAACUGAACACCACCAAGGCCAUCAAUUUGCUCCCAGCAAACACUCAGAUCCGAGAGAUCCGGGUCUUCCUGGAGAGCGUCCUGGAGGAGAAGGCACAGAGGAAACGCUGCAACCAGGUGCUGAAGAGUCUGCUGCAGGCCGAGUUUCUCCGGGUACAAGAGGAGCGGAUCUUCCACCAGCAGGUUAAAUGCGUCAUCACAGAGGAAAAGACCUGCAGAGUCUGCAAGAAGAAAAUAGGAAACAGUGCGUUUGCCAGGUAUCCCAACGGCGUGGUGGUGCAUUACUUCUGCUGCAAAGACCGCAACGUGUGUCCCACCGAGCAGUAACGGCUCCACCUGACAACAACUGUUUACUAAUUAAUAACCCCCUCUCCCACUCAAUGCUCGGACAUCUUUGAACUAGAUAUGCGUCAGAAGGUUGGAGGAUAAUUUCCAGGCUGUUGACUCGGAUGCUCGUAUCCAAAGCACCUUACAGAAGUACGAGUGCAGACAUUUUUUAACCUGAGUUAACCUCGGGCGUUCUCCCCGCUGAGCAGAACAAGACCUCCCUCUGAAAUCUGAAAAGGUCGAGACUUUUCUUUCUCUCUGUGCAUGAAGAAACCGCUGGAAUGUCUGGGGUCGCUCAACAGGAGGAGGGAAAUAAAGAGAAAGAGGGAGGUAGAGUCUGACAUUUGAAAAGCAUGUGUCACUGUAACGCUAGAAGGGAGUCACUUCCCUUCAUGUUGCCUCGGAAGAAAAAUGGGCGCUAUUGACAAGACGCCCAGAGGAAGCGAGUGCUUGUUCUCGUUCUCACCAGGAGAUGAUUACAAGCUUUUUUUUUUUUCUGUUUUUAUUUCUUCUCUCUUCCUGCCUCUUACUGUCUCCCGCCCCUCCUGUAACACUGUGUGAGGCCUCAAACUCCGCUUGAUACGCCAUAUUCGCUCUGCAGGAGUGCAGUUAAAUGCCUUUUUGUGACUCUGAAGAUUGUACUUACAGUGAAGUCAGAUGUCUGUCAUUGUUUUUUAGCAUGUGCCGGUACUGACUCAGCAUUCGUCUUACAGUGUGUUUUACAUUUUUGUUUUUUUUAUUUAACAUU